AUGCCAAAGCCCAACGGCUCUCGUCUCAGCUUCUCCUGCUACAAGGCUCAGAGAGUCGAUGAUCCGCUGGCGAUGGCGUUAAUUUCGCGUCAAGAAAUCAGAGCCAUGCUUCUAUUCUUGAUCAUCGCGGUCUUCCUGGCCUCCUUGGCGUCGGCCCAGUGCCCAUCCGGCGCACACAUCGUCGUGGCGCGUGGCAGCGAGGAGUCCCAGGGUCCUGGUGUCUUGGGCCCCGUCGCUGAGCGUAUCAAGAGUCUUGUCCCUGGCUCUGAUGUCGAGUCCCUCUUCUACCCUGCUCUGUUCGAGCCCUACAACCCCUCGCAGAUGGCCGGCGUUGCGGCCAUGACCCAGCUUGUUGGUGACUUUACCCACCAGUGCCCCGACACCAAGAUCAUUAUCUUUGGGUAUUCUCAGGGUGCUCAUGUCACCAUGGACACCUUCUGUGGUGCCAGCUCCGCCGGUUUCCCCGAGACCACUCCCCUGCCCGCCUCUAUCGCCAACAAGAUUGCGGCUAUCAUUGUCAUGGGCGAUCCCAGUCUCGUCGAAGGCCAGCCCUUCACCGUCGGGAGCAGCGACGGCAGCGGCGUUCUGGCCCGUCAGAACCCCGACGGCUGCAAGGCCAUUGCUGACAAGACCAUCUCUAUCUGCGAUGCUGGAGAUCCGUUCUGUGAGGCUGGUAGCCAGAACCUCAUUGUCCACAUGAGCUAUGCUGCCGUCUGGGGUGACUACAUCGUCAGCCGCGCUGGUGCUAUGUUCCAGUCAGCUCAAGGUUGA